CGCGCAGCCAAGAGAGGCGAAGGGCGCAACGCAACGCGAACCCCUCCUUCCCCCGUCGCGCCCAACCCUAACCCGCCUCCCCUCCACGUAGAUCCAAUCCCGCCGCCACCGCCGAACCCUAGCCCGCCCCACCUCCCUCCCCGCCGCCGCCGGAGGCGCGCGCGCGCGCGAUCGGCGUCCUCCCGCCGCCGCGUUCGUGCGGGGUGGGGUUGGGAGGAGGAGGAGGAGGAGGAGGGCCCGACGGCGGCUCCUCUCGAGACGGGGGCCAUGGAGGCGGACGGUGCCGCGGCUGCGGCGGCGGCGGGGGAGGCGAGCACGGAGGCCGGCGCGAGGCCCCUGGCGCCAGAGGAGGAGGCGCUGCGGCGCAACACCGACUGCGUCUACUUCCUCGCCUCGCCCCUCACAUGCAAGAAGGGGAACGAAUGUGAUUUUCGUCACAGUGAUAAUGCUCGUAUGAACCCUAGAGACUGCUGGUACUGGUUAAAUAGCAAUUGCUUGAAUCCAAAAUGUCCGUUUCGCCAUCCGCCAAUUGAUGGUAUGUUUGGUGCUCCAACUACUGGAAUGCCUGCAGUUUCUUCACACUACGCUCCAUUUAACUCUGGAAAGCAGUUGGUUCCAUGCUAUUACUUUAAAAAGGGAAACUGCUUGAAAGGUGACAGAUGCGCAUUUUAUCAUGGACCACAAUCAGUGGGAAAUAAUCCAUCAGAACAGGUGGUAAAAGUUUCUUCCUUACCUUUGGAGCAGCUUCAGACUCAAAAGAAUGAUUUGUUGGGCAUUAAAGAUUCUGUGCAGUCUACUAAUUCCAUUCAGCAUGGUGCUCCAAUAACUAAUGAGAGGGGCAAAACAGCCGUUGAUCGGUCAACGGUUAAUUCUGCCAGGACAGCUACAGUUGCAAUACCGGUUGCUUCCAAUGCAAUGUCUUGUCCUAAGUCAGAGAAGGUAAAAAGUAGUACGCCAGCAGCACUUAAGGAAAGCUUCACUACUUCUUCAGGUGGGGAUCAUCCUGAGUGCUACCAGAACCAUUUUCCAAUGGAUAGUGAUCCUGUGCGAGAUUGGAACCAAAGUUAUGAAAUGCCCCCUGCAGAUGAUCUGCCCCAGAACAGUAGGGAGGCUGAUGAACUUUUGGGUGAAUCUUCACCAGGUUUUGAUGUUCUCGUGGACAAUGAUGCAGAUGGUGCUGCUUAUUUACAUGAUGAAGAUUUUGGAGGAGAUAUGUAUCCAGUGGAAGAUUAUGAAUAUGCUCCAGCUGAUUUUGAUGUUCGUGCACAUCAUGAAAGAGAGCGGUUCAAUGGUAUGGAUGAGCAAGACCAGAUGGGACAUAUGUAUGAUGGCUACGAGAGAAAACGGCGUAGAUCAUCUGAGAGGAGCAUGGAACGGCCUUUCCACUCAGAAAGAAGGUUUCUGCAAAGAGAUAGAGACCGUGUCGAGAUGGAUGGAUCGGAUUUACGUCAUCGGCUCCGUAGGAGAAGAAUAAAUGAGUCUUCAUUGGCAAUUAGUCCAGAACGCAAUGGAGAGCAACGGCGGAGGGAUGAGCGCUACAGGGAAAGGGCACAUGGUCACCGUUCACACAGGGAUCAUCACCAGAGCUCUCGAGGAAGCACUCUUAGCUCUCGUCUGCAAGGCAGAAUAAAGCUUCCUGGAAGAUCUCCUGACAGAGUUGAUACUCGCUCCGAGAAAGAGCGAGAUAGAAGAAGACUCCGGGACAGGCUGUCUCCAGUUAGGCGCACGGAAUUUCAGGGUACCAGGCAUAGGGAGGCAGGACAACAUGAAGAGCAGACCCAGCGGAGAUCAAGUGAACUUGCUUUAGGUUCCAGGAAUGCAGAUGGCCAGCAUUUGACAAAGGAUGUGCCUGACUCACACAACUUCCCUCAUCGCAAAAACUCGAGGGACUCCAGUAAGGCCAAUGGAAGUGUUGAGCCUGAAGCAUCGCUUGAUUUUGAGGGCCCAAAGCCCCUUAGUGUCAUCUUACAGCGGAAAAGAGAGGCAGCAUGGGCCAAUGGCACAUCUGCCUGUAGCCCCAAACAAGAUAAAUCUGCCGAGGUCUCACACAGGCAAGCUUCUCUGGCUGAAGCUGAGAAGGAAGGUGACAACAUAAUUAGUUCUGAUGAAUACAAAAGUGGAUCUGGCGAUGAAGAAUUCAGAGACGAAGGCCACAUCCCUGUGGAGGGCCAUGGGCAAUCUUCAUCUCAUGGUGACAAACUUGAGGCUGAAGAUAUUAUUGAGGUGGAUCCCGUGGAAAAUCAAGAUGCUGAUAAUUAUGACCAGAGGGAGGGGGAGUCCUACUAUGAGCCUAUCGAAGGCCAGGACUACAAAUCCGAUGACGAGAAUGCUUAUGAAGAUGAUGAUGAAGAGUAUGAUGACGAUGAUGAUUUUGCUCGGAAAGUAGGGGUUGUUUUCUCUUGAGCUCUGUGGGCCUUCUCCUGGUUUUGUUGCAUGCAGCAAAGCUGAAAAUGCUUGCCUUAGUGAAUCUAUUUGGAUAAAUUCCUCUGGUGCUUUGUGUUUUGUUCUUGAAGUUCAUAGUGCCAAAGCCUUUAUUUAUAAGGCUGAUAACUGAUAAGUAUAGGUCAGGUAUGAAGCGGGGGUAGGAUUCAUAAAUUAAAAGGGCUUUACGUGUAAAAACUGCUGCACUCGUUGUGUUCAGCAUAUAUCUGAUCUAUCCUGAAACUAUUGUAUUGUAUUAGUUUCCUAACUAACAGACAAGAUAUUUCUUUGAUAAAUUUUUUGCCUGAUAUGGGUAAUAUAAUCAGCCCCAUUUUGGAGGGGUUCUUUUCUUCA